AUGACGCGAUCACUCCUUCGAGCCGUGGUGCUUACUUGGGCACUAGCGCUUCUCACAACCCCUUCCACAGCGCAAUCAACCGCCACGACAGAUGCUGCCGGAGCUAUUGAAACAUUAGAUUGCUACCAGCUCAGUGACCCCUCUUAUCUCCAAGAUCAAGGUGCCUACACCUUUCAGAGCUCUGGAUACUGUAAAGGAGUAUGUGUAGCCCUCAACAAGCCCGUGAUGGCCACUACGGGGGGCACAAAUUGCUUCUGUGGCGACGAAUUGCCUCCUGCAAGUGCGAAGACAAACAUUGAUAAUUGCAACACCCCGUGCAAAGGGUUCAGUCAACAAACCUGCGGCGGUAUUGGUGGCUAUUUCCAGCUCUAUCUCUCUGGUCUGACUGGGAAUGUGCAAAUAGCUCCGAAUAGCAGCUCCUCCACGGCUGCCGCUAACACUGCUAGCAAAACUACCGCUGCAGUUGUCACGAUGACAGUCUCACCUACAAGUGCUCUCCCUGCAAGCGCCAGCACCUCCGCCGCCAAAUCUGGGAAGUCUUCGGGCACAAGCAAAGUUGGUAUUGCUGUCGGAGUGGUUGUUGGAGUUAUCGCUUUGGCUGGCAUCAUUGGUGCUGUUGUGUUUGUUAUGAAGCGUAAGAGGAAUCGCGAGAUCGAAGAAGAACAUCGUCGCAACGCCGCCAUUGGCUCUGCCAAAUCUGAUAAAUCGUCCGUCACCGACCAACGGCUCGACCCGUCCAUUUACUCACAUCGCCGUCAAAGCAUUGGCAGUAUCGCUGACGAGCGAGACUUUUCCAGGAGGAUAUUACAGGUACAGGACACCCAAUCUCUUGUUCACGCCUCCUUCCUAAUGUGCUGUUUUAGGUACGGAAUCCUGACCGAGACUCGAGAACAUCCAACUUUGCAUAACGGCGGCAUCAUCCGAGAAAGACUGUUCGGCCCCUCCUAG